GAUAACUUCUUAAAACAACAACAACAACAACAGCAACAGCAACACAUCAGCAACACAUCAGCACAAUGCCUGCUAUCAUGCCAAUAGCUGGUUUCACAAAUGGUACACAGCCGACAGAAAAUUUUGAAUUAGAACUUGAGUGGUUAGAUUUACUGAAAAUCUUUCUCCUUACCAUGGCUUUCAUGGGGCUAGUUCUCGCCUUUGUAUUUUCGCUAGACUGGAUUUGCCUUUUGCUAGAAUGGAUCAAUCUUUCGAUUGAAAAGUGUCAGGAGAAAAUAAGGCAGAAUCUAAAAAAGCAAAGGAAGGCUUUCCAGAAGAAACAAGAGGCCGCCCGAAAGGAAGAGGAGGCCGCCGAGGAAGAAGGCCAGCCGAUUUUGAAUCCACGAAAGUUUAAGAACACACCUGACGAUGUUGACAACAGAAAGGCAAAGAAUUUGUCGAAUGGACAGCUGAGACGUGAGCAGGAAAGAGGGAUCGUAGGCAAAGAUCGAGAACUUCCUGUUGAAAAGCGACAGGUAGAUUAUGGUACAAUUACCAUCUAAGCUGCUUAACGGCAUUGGGGGAGAGUUCAGAGCCAGUUUGACCAAAGAUUAUGGACAUCAUUUGGUUAAGCACAUUAAACA